AUGGCUCCCCAUGUCAUUGAGGCCAACUCCCAAACACCCGGACCAGAGUUGAAGGAAUUUGCUGCAAAGGGCGUACCGGCGACCUCCAGCGAGUCCGGAGACACGGUUCAGAACCUAGCCCAACUCCUUGCCAGAGCAUCCGCGUCCACAGCCGGACUGACCUUCUACACAUCUGGGGCUGAGGCUACUCGUGUUUCGUACGCCAACCUCCAAAGAGAUGCAGAAGAAAAAGCCCGUGUCUUGCGCAGGAUCAAUGGUCUGUCUCCCUCGUCCAUCAUUCUCCUCCACUUCGAAACCAACCAUGACACACUGCCGUGGUUCUGGGCUGCGACGCUGGCGGGUUUCCUCCCGGCCAUCUCCACCCCGUUCGUGCAUGAUCCGGCGCAGCGCAAGAAACACUUGCAUCAUCUGCAGACCUUGCUGCAAGAGCCCGUGAUCCUUACCACCGAACGGCUUGUUCCGGAGUUUUUGGAGAUGGACGAGCUCCGUCUGCACCCAGUUGAAUCACUAAGCAACGUGAAUGCGGACUCAAAUGGCGCGACUUGUGCCCACCCCCUCACUGGGACCGAAAAGAAGGCAGAAGAUGCGGCGGUUCUCAUGUUGACGUCCGGAAGCACGGGAAGCGCCAAGGCGGUUCCUCUCCGCCACGGCCAGCUUUUGACGGCGCUGCAGGGCAAGAAAGACCACCACGGGACCGAGUCUGACGAUGUGUUCCUGACCUGGGUCGGGCUCGACCAUGUUGCGAGUCUGUGUGAGGUUCAUCUGCAUGCAAUGAGCCUGGGCGCCGAUCAAGUACACGUUCCGGCUGUCGAACUCCUGCGCAACCCGUUGCGCUUCAUUCAGCUGCUUGAUUCGCACCAGGUUGCCUAUACCUUUGCCCCCAACUUCUUCCUCACGCAGGUACGGGACGCUCUCACAGAUAAUCCAGCCGUCCAGGCGGAUCUGUCCCGCCUCAAGAGCAUCAACUCUGGUGGUGAGGCCAACGUCGUUGCGACAAUCGACGGGUUGACCCGUGAGUUGCGUCGGUUCAAUAUCCAGCGUGAAGUGAUCAGUCCUGGAUUCGGGAUGACGGAGACGUGUGCAGGAUGUGUGCACGCGCCGGCAUCCCCAUCAUACGAUCUCGCACAGGGCCUCGAAUUUGCCAGUCUCGGCCCGUGUGUUCCGGGGGUGGAGAUGCGAGUGAUGCGUCUGACGGCCAAAGACGAACCUGCUGCGCGGGGUGAGGUCGGAGAGCUGCAGCUCUCGGGGCCCGCCGUGUUCGCCGGGUACUUCAACAAUCCGGAUGCCACGGCGGCUGCUUUCACGGACGAUGGAUGGUUCAUCACGGGAGAUCUAGCCUGGCUGGACGAGUCUGGAUAUCUGAAUCUGGCUGGACGGACCCGAGACACGAUCAUCGUCAACGGGGUCAAAUGGAGCGCGACGGAGAUCGAAAUGGCGAUCGAAGAAGAGCGCAUCCCGGGUGUUGUGCCCUCGUAUACCGUGGCCUUUCCCUGCCGUGCACCUGGCUCUGCCAGUGAGGACAUUGCCAUUGUCUACUCCCCGACAUACGCGGCAGACGACUCUGCGACGCGGUUCGAGACAGCCACGGCGAUCGCCAAGACCGUCGCCCUUCUGACGGGGCGGAAACCCGCUCACUUAAUUCCGCUCCCGGCGGAAAUGCUGGACAAGUCGUCGCUGGGUAAGAUCUCGCGCACUAAAGUGCGUACUGCAUUCGAGAAGGGCGAGUAUGCGUCGAUGGAGGCGGAGGAUACGGAGGCCGUGCAGCGAUAUCGUGAGGCUACGCAGCGGCCGGCGAAGACGGAGACGGAGAAGAGAGUGCAGAGCACAGUAGCAGGACUGCUCCAGCUUCCAGUCGAGGAGAUCAACGUUGACAUGUCGAUCUUUGAUCUGGGUAUCACCUCGUUCAAUCUGAUCCUCCUCAAGGCUAUGAUCCAGGAAGCCGUCGAUGCCCCGGUGGAGAUUCCCAUGUCAGUGUUAAUGACCGAUCCAACCACCGUCGCCAUCUCGGCCGCCAUCGACAAGCUCCUGUCCCAGCCCCCGGUGUACAACCCCAUCGUUCCCCUCCAGCCUCACGGCACCAAGAUCCCCCUCUUCCUCAUCCACCCGGGCAGCGGAGACAUCCUCGUCUUCAUUGCCCUGGCAGCCCAGUUCCCAACCCGGCCCGUCUACGCGCUCCGCACCCGCGGCUACAACACCAACGAGCCCUUCUUCCCUUCCAUCCAGAAUACCGCCGAGACGUACGCGCACCACAUCCGCCAAACCCAGCCCGAAGGCCCAUACGCUAUAGCCGGCUACUCCCUCGGGUCCACGCUGGCCUUUGAAGUCGGCAAGGUCCUGGAAGCCCAGGGGCAGGAAGUGCGCUUCCUCGCCAGCAUCGACUACCCGCCGCAUAUCCGACAGUACGUGCGCGGGCAGAACUGGAUCGACGUACUCCUGCACAUUGCCUUCUUCCUGGAGCUGAUCGACCAGAACAUCAUGGCUGAGGCGGGGAAGUACCUCCACGGACAGGAGAUCGCACGCCAGGACGCCCUCGUCCAUGUCCUCUCGAUCAGUGACCAGGAGCGUGUGCGUGCCCUGGCUCUCAACCCCGAGCGACUGGAGCGAAUCACCGACAUCGGGGAGAACUUCCGAGUGCACGGAGAGUCGUACGAGCCUGAGGGUACGGUAGAGCGACUGGACGUGUUUGUGGCGGAUCCGCCGAGCUACGCGGCGCUGAACCGACAGGACUGGGAGGAGAAUAAGCUGGGCGCGUGGCGGAACUUUUCCCGAACGGAGGUGGGCUUUUACAAUUGUCCGGGCAUCCACGCGACGAUGCUGAACCCGGUGUAUGUGCCGGAGUUUGUGCGGAGCUUCAAGUUGGCGAUGAAGCGGAGAGGUGUGUAG